AUGGAUGUAGCCCCAGGUCCUGCAGAACGCCCCGCUCCCAAAAUUAGGAAGCCACUAAACCGUCCACAGACUACUGAAGAACUAGGGUUUUAUGCUCAGAAUCAUUUCAUCAUGACGAUCUGUGCAGUGAUUCUUUUCCCACCCUUUGGAUUGAUAGGCCUCUACUUCAGCCGCAAGACCAACGAAGCCAAUAAGGACAGUGACUGGGAAGACGCUUAUUUAAACUCGUCUCGAACUAUUUGGAUUGACGUAUUCGGCAUUUUGGCGGGUUUAGCCAUCAUUUACACAUAUGUCCUACUUAUAUGACAGCUACACCCAGCAUGCACGGGCCCCACUCCCCACAGACACGUCCAAUUAGACGUUGACCAGUCACCAAGAAGAAACUCAGAGCUUCUGACAUCUCUUAACCAAGAAACACACCAGCCAAGAAACUGAACACACAAGCAACCCACCGA